AUUUCAAUACAAUUUACACAUGCUUCUUCCAGAGCAAGAUGCUGGCCUAUACACUGUUAAUGUUUGUCCUGCUACUACCAAGAAGCAAUUCUAGAGAAUGUGAACAAGCUUCAAUUUCUGAAAAGAAGCAGAGAAUUCUGAACCUUCUGGCAUGCUGGACAGAGGAUAUGGCAGACAACAGCUUCCCAGGCAGUUCAGGAGGCUUUCCAACUGGCAGCUAUGGCUAUUCAUACAGUAGCUGCUUGGAAAUCAAGAAGUCAGACCCAGCAGCUAAAGAUGGCAUAUACUUGUUAACCACUGAACAAGGGGAGACCUACCAGACUUUCUGCGACAUGACAACUAAUGGUGGAGGUUGGACUUUGGUGGCCAGUAUCCAUGAGAAUAACCUGUACGGGAAGUGCACUGAGGGAGAUCGCUGGUCCUCACAGCAGGGAAACAAUAUACAAAAUCCAGAAGGUGAUGGCAACUGGGCAAACUACGCCACCUUUGGUUUACCUGAAGGAGCCACAAGUGAUGACUAUAAGAAUCCUGGCUAUUAUGACAUUAAGGCCAAGAAUGUGGCAGUUUGGCAUGUGCCCAAUAAGACACCAAUGGUUAAUUGGAGAAAUUCCUCAAUUCUGAGAUAUCGUACACAGAAUGGCUUCCUUACUGAAGAGGGAGGAAAUCUAUUUGAACUUUACAAGAAAUACCCUGUGAAAUAUGGCAUUGGAAAAUGCCUUGGGGACAAUGGACCUGCUGUGCCUGUAGUCUAUGACUGUGGCAACGCUGAGAAGACAGCAUCUCUCUACUCCCCAUUUGGAAAGAAUGAAUUUACCGCAGGCUUUGUCCAGUUUCGAGUUAUUAAUACUGAGGGAGCUUCACUUGCACUUUGCUCAGGAGUGAAGGUGAAAGGCUGCAAUGUGGAGCAUCACUGUAUUGGAGGAGGCGGUUACAUCCCUGAGGGAAACCCCAGACAGUGUGGAGACUUUGCAGCCUUAGAUUGGGAUGGGUACUCGACCCACGCAGGAUGGAGUGCAAGCAAGGAGAUGACUGAAGCAACCCUACUGUUGUUCUACCUUUAAUCUGGAGUUUUUACGAUUCUGAUGUAAUGCAACAAGAAGAUUCAAUCUAGUAACCACCAUAUGACUAUACAACCCAGAAGUAGUUUAAGCACCGAAAGGCU